UCAAAUUUCACCUACUUAUUUGCACCUUUCCCCUAACUUUAUUUAGUCCUUCACUUAACUCCUAUGAUGUGCUGCUCCCUGAAGUUAUGGCCGGUGCCCUGCGCACCUCUGCUUCUCUUCUCCCUCUCACUCCCUUUGCUGCAAAGCAUCUUUCACCAAGUUCUUCACUCUCAUCCAUAGACAAUAGAAAACUGACAAGGAGAAAGAAUAAUCUGCGCCCCAAGAUUCUCAAAACCCUAACAAAACCCUACACAAAUCCUCCACUUCCCAUAGAAUUGCCCCCCACAAACCCAGUAAUACCCAUUGAAUCUCCACCGGAGGAAAUUCACACAUUGCGCUCCGAUGAUACUUCCAGUAAAUAUUCUACCGUGCCGGAAAUGCAAGACGCUGACGUUUCUGAAACUAUCCGAGAAGGUCUAGCAUCCGAAAUUCCUAAACCCCUGGUACUAAACCACAGUGAAAUCCCCUUCUUGAAUAUUCUGCUAUGGUCAGCUGCGGCCGUUGUUGCUCGCAAUAUUUAUGUUUUGAUAGUUGGGUCAGCUAAAGAGGGUGAAAACGGUGAAAAAGAUGAAACCUUGGAAAUGGGCACGAAUGAUAACACUAAUAAUAACAAUGAAUCAAAGUUGAAUCUUUUCUUGGUUGCAAAUGAUGAUAUUGGCGGGGUAGAGAGGAAGAUUGAGGAAAUUCGGGUGAUGGCCAGGAGGGUUAGAGCAAAGGAAAAGAUUGAGGCUGCAAAGAGGAGUAGUUUAAGUGAUGAUGAAGAAGGAGUUAGUGACAGCUUUUUUAGUAAUGCAAUUGGGAAGGAGGUGGAGAAUAGAUUACUUUCACUGCAUAGGCCUUUUGAAAGAGAUGAUUACCCGAGAAGAAAUAGUGAAAAAAAAGAUACAAAUAGUGCAAUGCUGUUUAAGAAGAAGCAUAGGUUUAGAGAUAGUUCUAGUAAACCAGGUUAUAAACCUAAAGGUUUUAUGGGUUCAUCUAAAUCUGAUGGGGAAGAGCAAGAACAAGGUGAUGCUUUUAUUGAUGUAGGAAAGGUGUCAUUGGAAGAAAGGCAAGACAUUGCAAAUUCUAAUCAUGGAACUGGUGUUGUUCAGGAUGGAAGUAAUCCAGAGACCAAAGUGAUAUCCAACAAAAUGGAAAGGUCAAAAACAAGUUUUAGUUCAAAGAGGCGGGAAGUGACAGAAAAACAGCCAACCAAAAAAUCAGGGGGUAUGAAAUCUGAAAAGGAAACUGACUUCUGGUGGUUGAGUCUCCCUUACAUCCUUAUUAUACAAAUGCAUGGAAGUCUUGGUGGUGAAAGACCACAAGAACCAUUCUUCUCCAUAAAAAGCAGCUCUGCUGAUGUGUCUCAUGUUGUGGCCUUUGAAGAUCACAUUGAUGCCACCAAUUUCUGCUAUAUAUUGCAGUCUCAUUACGAUCACUUGGAAGACUUCGACCCUGAAAUUGUAGUAGUUACAAUCAAUGAACAAAGAGUGAAAUCGGGUAUGGAAAAUGUGACGGUUGUGAGGAAGGGACAACUGAAGCUUUAUGCAGGCCAACCACUUGCUGAUGUGGAGAUGGCCUUGCUCAAGUUAUCUGGACAGAGUUAAAAUGCAGCAUCAUAGUAGUUGAGAUGGACAUUGGAUAAUGGUUGAAAACUCAACAGAAUAGGGAGUACAUUCUAAACUGAGGAGUAGUAUUGAUAGAGAUAAAGUUUUGAGGGACCAUAUAUAUCUCAGUUUGGUACUGUACAUAUACCUUGUCAUAAUUCCUUGUAAGUCUGUAGAUAGCAGCCUUGGGAAGAUAGCGUUCUUUUCAGUGGGUAUAAUUGGAGGAUCUUAUAAAAAUGCUCGCUGAUCAUGUUUUUCUUUAGUAGAUAAAGAUUUUUGAAAUGAUUAAUAAAUAAAUAUUUGGACUGUUUUUGAAUAA